AUGCAAAUCAAGAGACUCGUGGCAGUUCUUCUGCAGCUCGGUGUUCUGAUCCUCACCACCGAAGCGGCCGACUGGGACGACUUCGAUCACUACGAUGAACAUGGACUGCCGAUCUUCCAUCCAACGCAGGCCUGGACCGACUUGAGUCAUUACGAUGAACGUGGAAUCCCGAUCUUCCAUGGCCCGCAGGCUACGAACUUCGAACUGGAUAGACGACAAGCUGUUCGCAGCCCAAGUACCUACCAGCAGACGAUCACAGCUACCAGUGUCGGACCCGAUGGCUUCACCACGGUCCCAUAUGCGACGAACGGCCAGCAAUGCUCCAGCGUCGCCAGCAACAUCUAUGCUGUCUACGAUAAUUACGGUGUGCAAUAUCUCUAUGUCUGCGGAGGCGCUAUCACGGGCGACAUUGUCACGUCUUUCGUCGCGAACAGUUGGAGCGACUGCUUGACACCUUGCGACCUGUCUGUCAAUUGUACGGGCGCUUCGUAUAACAAUGGCGACAACUACGGAGUGCAGAAUGCUGCGGGACAGGGGAUGUGCACUUUCAAGACUCAGAAUGGGAUGUACUUCACGACAACCUCAGCGGGACAAUUGAUUACGACGAGAGUUGCGGGCAUGCAGAGGAAUCGGUAUAUGAUCAGUAGGUGGUCGCUGGAGAAGAGCUUUGGUGGGUACAUGUAGCGUGUUCGCUGAUUGAUGACAGCUUAUUAUCCCACCACAACGACGACGACAACCACAUCCACACGGACCACAUCAAUAGCCAGUUCAAUCACGUCUACCAUUUCGACUUAUGCGACUGUGACAAGUACGACGACUUACGGGACUGUUUCUUACGUGACUUACACCACCAGCACUGUCUUUUCCACCACGAAAGUUCUCACAAGCUCUGGUGAGUUCGCGAUUCGUGCUAUGGUUUUGCUUCCAAAUUCUCAUAAGUGGCGAUAGGCAAUGUCAUAACGCAGACCGCAUCUUCCACGAUCUACAAUACGAUUGUGAGCACGCAGUCGUCACUUUAUCAGACUACGUUCGUGCCAACAACGACUGUGAUUAGCAGUCAGGCAAGUAGCGUCACGAAUACAAUUUCUGGGACUACUGUUAGUGAUCAAAAGAGCCUCAUGGCCUAAGAAGAGGCUGAUCUUUGUAUUUGACAGACUGGCAUUGCAACUACUCGGCCAACGGGAACGACUGUGGUGACGGGGUCACCCAUCUAUACAAGUGGUCCAGCUCAGACUUCUACCCUUCCUCCACAGAGCACGACUCUGCCAGCCGUCACAUCUGUCGUUACGAGUACUCUAAAAACAACGUCGAGCUAUCCAGUCACGAGCACGUAUUCGUCGGUUCAGGAUAUUACUGUCACUACUAGUACAGUCAUUCCUACCACUCAGGUAUGAUGAGCACCCACCAUCCCCUACAACCACUUCAUUCUCAGCGCAAAGUUUGGAUGCAUCUGCUCCUCAGCGCCGGCCUACUUGCAGAGACACAGGCUGAUCUCACGGCACUCAUCUCGCAGGUUUCCACCAUGUCCGGCAGUCUCGUCACAUACACCCGCUUCAGCACGGCCUACAGCACUUCGAUCCUAUCGCAGACGUCUACCUAUCUCACGACCAAUUGGAUCACGACCACCCAAUCGGUCUACUCCUCAAGCACUGUCGUCAACACCAUCCAGGGCACGAGCACGGGUAUAGGAACUAGUCGCCCCACCACGACACAGAUUGCCACUGGAUCGCCCACGUACACUACUGCACCGGCUAUGACUUCGACACUUCCAGCUUCGACUCUGGUUUUGCCGGCGAGGACGACGACAGUCACUAGUACUGGGAGUACCCUGACGAGCUCGCCGGUCAGUGCUACGGUUGUUCAGACGAGCCAGGUUACGUUUUUUACUUCGACUGUGUUCAGUACGGUUGUUAGCUCGACUGUUUCUGGUAAGUCUGCUCUUUUGGAGUGCAGCAUGUCACAAGAUUUCUCUCCACGGCUUCCUUUCAGAGCUCGCCCAUGGGUAGAGCAGCUAUCUUGAGGCCGUCUUGGAAUUCAUGGUGACAUGGGGAGGAGAGGGACCACCCGCCGUGUUCUACCCGGUGACUUAGCACGGGAGGUUUGACUAAAUUUGCGCAGGAAACCUCGUAACCUCAACACGGAUUUCUACCAGCGUCUUGACCUACACGAGCACUCAGAGCUCGCUGUACACCACACUAGUGCAGCAGACUUCGACGACUUUCAAUCCGCUUUUCAGCUCAGUCACAAGCACCAUGCAGGGAACAUCCACGGGUGUUGGAACAGACCGCCCUACGACAACGCAGAUAGCCACUGGAUCGCCACUUUACACGACCGCAGCUUUCCCAGCGACUUCAACGCUUGCCCCUCAGACAACAACCUUGCCGGCAUAUACCAGCAGCAUCACAAGUACUUUGACAACGACAUCGAGUUACCCUGCGACAACCACCUAUUGGACUACCUCAGACGUCACAUUCUCAGUCACGUACCUGACGACAACUACUCGGGUGGUGUCAACUUCAGGAAGUCUGAUCACACAGACUUUGACAUCCACUGGCGUUAG